UUUAAAUAUAAAAUAUACACUAUUGUUUAUCUAUUUAUUAGGUACAUGUAUAAUUUUGUACCGAACAGGACAACAGGAUAUACGAAUGCUGAACAGCGCAAAUAAAGCAAACACACAUCUACAGGUAUGGAUAUUAAAUUCAAUUAAGACAAAUUAGAAUUUGGAAACUUUUUUUGAUGUUCUCGUUUGUGUAUAUCUUGAGCUUUCUCAAUUUGCAAUUAAUUUUUUUGUGUGUUUGUUCCAACUACUUUGAAACUUCAAAUAACGUACAUAAAACACAGCAGAGAAAUUACUCUAUAAGAAGAGUGCAAAUAAGUAAUUAUUGUCGUCGUCGAAAAUUACUGUCGUAUUUUCGCAUUACGAAAGAAAUAUAGCAAGAACGACGUAAGCACAGACAUAUUUAUUAUUGCCUUGUGUGCCCAUUAAAUAGGUGACACUGUCAGUCAGUUCGAAAAGAGUUAAAAUGAGCACAGAUUUCUUGCUAGACUCCAAAAUAAGAUUAUGGGUCUUCUUACCGAUAGUUUUGCUUACUUUCUUCGUCGAAAUAUUGAGACAUUAUGCCAUACUGCUAUUUAAUGAUAAAAUCACCUUACUACUGAACGAAAUACAAGACCUAGAGAUGAAAAAACGUGUGGUAGUUUUGUUGAAACAUCACAGCUUCAUUCCAAAACUGGCUUUUGAAAUACGGAAAGGAUCAUUUCACCCUGAUAGUGGAUUUGCAGUGAAGCACCGCGACGCAAUACCCCAAAGAACAGUAUUUCAACCAUUUUUAUUAAACAACCAGGACAAGCUGCUAAACUUGAUUAAACAACAUUCCAGUAACCAUCUCCCUAUGAUUUUAGCGGGCGCGUGGGUAUCAUAUACUUUCAGCGGUUUCAUUUGCACAAAGAUACCAUUUCCUUUGACAUUAUCAUUUAAAUCGAUGCUGCAAAGAAACAUCGAACUGGCUUAUUUAGACCCAUCCUGGGUGUCUUCAUGCUCCUGGUACUUUCUAAACGUCUUCGGCCUGAGAAAUUCUUUGAAUAUGUUUUUUGAAGAUCACCUCGAAUCGGAAUUUUCCGACUAUGAAUCGUUCGUAGGAGGAGUACAAGUUUGCUUCAAAGAAGAUUUUAAUGCGUUGGAAAUGACUGUCCAUAAAAGUGCCUUAUAUGUUUUAUAGACAUUUAUCACAUAAAAGAAUGUUAUAUUUCUGCGAUAUGAAAAAUGUAGGAAGAUUUUAAUGCGUUAAA